CAUGCAGAGUUUCAAAUCGGUCCUCUGAUCUGCCUUCUUCAGAUCGCUUCGAUUACUUAACGCUGAUAUUCGUGUAAAAUACGUAACGAGAAGAUAUCGGGGAGAUGGGCACGUGGACGAUGUAAAAACCAACUAGUAUUACAUCCUCGUAGGGGUAACAAAGAAACUCAAUUUCAUUACGGCAAAAACUAGCACAUCCUAAUAGCUAGCUACCCAACACAGCAACGGCGAUUUCUCAUAACCUAACUAGUCAACUCGCAUCGUACUCUUUCUGUAUAGUUCACCGUCCUAGUCCUGAAUCCGGUUCCCCGACAAGUUAUAUGGCUCAUGGCGUAAUAAUAACCGCGACCACAGCAAUUCCGGCAAGGACGAUUCUCACAGCAAGCUACUACGCACCGUACGGACUCCUGUCUCGAAUUUCGUCGAUUAUAGUAGCCAUUUCCGUGACAAUAGUCACACGUUGGAUCGGGUCUUGGCGCCUCUUCAGGAUCGCUGCCAGAGCUGCCUUGGUAGGACAUCGUUGCUCCCUUCUUUUAACAGGGCUGCAGAGGGGCUUCAAGGUCCAUGAUUCUCCUCUCUCUCUGGUCUCUUUGAACCUGGGACUUUCAUGGCCUAUUUAUACCCGUUGCCCGUUGGGCUAUUUGGCAUACACUGGGCUGUUUUUUGGAGUACAUUGGGCUGUUGGUCCUCCUUGCAGAUGGAGGGGAUCCUCGUGCCUUAGUCCUUCGUCCAACAGCCUUCCUCUUAUUCUAUUGCCGCCAACGGGUCUUGGCCGUGUGACAACGUAUUAGAUAACGCUAGGCUGGGGGUCGGAACAAUACUGUGCUAGAUAGUGGAUCGUUGAUGAAUGUUAGAUAGCUGAACGACAAUUCGCUGUUGAUAUCGGGUUCAUCAGCUGUAUUUACAUAUUUGGCAUAACCUG